GAAGAAGAAAGAAGAGGGAGAGUGAGGCAGUAGAAGUGAGAACAAUGGAGACGUUGAAAUCGCUAAUUCCUGAGCAUCUUCUACAAACCGUGAAGAGCAGCAGCACCGUCCUCUCCUCUUCCUCUUCUCUUCUCCGUUUCCUUCUGGAUCUUCCCCAAUUUCAUCAAGCGGUGAGUGAGUUAUCGGAUCCUGAUCUUGGUUGCUGCGGGAAGAGCCAAGAGUCAUCCCUCGACUUGAAACGCCGCGGAAAUCUCUGCUUCCGUACCCAGAAGAGCUUCGACGAUGCUUUACGCUUCUACUCUAAAGCCUUACGCGUUGCCCCUCUACGCUCCUUUGAUGGAGACAAGAGCUUACUUGCUUCUCUCUUUCUCAAUAGAGCUAAUGCCCUUCAUAAUCUGGGGCUUCUUAAAGAGAGCUUGCGGGACUGCCAUCGUUCUCUUCGGAUUGAUCCUUUUUACCCAAAGGCUUGGUAUAGGAGAGGCAAACUCAAUACUCUUCUUGGAAACUAUGAAGAUGCGUUUCGUGACUUCACUGUUUCCUUGUCUCUCGAGUCUUCACCACUCGGGAAGAAGCAGCUACAGACCGAACUCCUUUCUAUUCCACACUAUCAGAAUAAACAAACAUCGGAGAACACACGCAGUUAUGCUUCUGUGGAUUAUCUACCUCAAGUGCAAAGUGAAGUAAAGCUCCGUUGUGUGUCAACAAAAGAGAAAGGAAGGGGUAUGGUAUCAGAAUCUGAUAUUGAACAAGCUUCCGUGAUACAUGUCGAACAACCAUUUAGUGUGGUCAUAUCAAAAAGUUGUCGGGAAACACAUUGCCACUUUUGCCUAAACGAAUUGCCUGCUGACACUGUUCCAUGUCCAUCAUGCUCAAUACCUGUGUAUUGCUCAGAGUCCUGCCAAAUUCAAUCAGGUGGAAUGCUGUCCACAAAUGAGAUGGACAAGAAUCAGAUUUUUCAGAACCUACCUGAUGAUAUUGUGGAGCAUAUUAAGGGCGUUACAUCAGCUGUCAAAUAUUAUUCUGAAACUGAGUGUGUUCAAGAGCACCAGCAUGAGUGUCGGGGAGCUAAUUGGCCGGCUGUACUGCCAUCUGAUGCUGUUUUGGCUGGUCGAGUUAUAAUGAAGUUGAUAAAUCAAGGGGAAACAGCUAUGGAUCUUUCCAACCUUCAGGAGAAAUUAAAUCUUUCCCAUAGCUAUUCUAAGAUGAGUCCAGAGAGCAAGUUGGAGUUGCAUCUACUUUCCAUAGUAUUGAUUUGGUGCCUUAAUAAAUCUUGCUGCCCUGAUCUUUCAGUCUGCGAAGCUUCUGUGACACAGACUAUCAUACUGCUUUCACAAAUCAAGGUGAACUCUAUGGCAAUUGUCCGGAUGAAAUCCGGCAGCGAUUCUUUCAAGUGUAUCCCAUCUGGGAACGUUUCAGAAAAAGAGCCAAUUCAGAGUUUAGAGCAGAUCAGAGUUGGUCAGGCUCUUUAUAAAAUCGGUAGCUCGUUCAAUCAUUCCUGCAAGCCGAACAUCCAUUUGUAUUUCCUUUCUCGUGGACUUGUUAUGCGAACAACAGAGUUUGUUCCCAUGGGUUGCCCCCUAGAGCUGUCAUAUGGUCCUGAGGUCGGAAAAUGGGAUUGCAAAGAUCGCAUUAGAUUUCUUGAAGAGGAGUACUUUUUUCAUUGUCGGUGCCGUGGCUGUUCUCAAAUGAACAUGUCCGACCUUGUUAUUAAUGGAUAUUGCUGUGUCAGUACAAGCUGUACUGGCGUAGUCUUGGAUAGUAGUGUGGCUGCAUGCGAGUCCGAGAAGCUAAAUCGUUUUUUGGCUGCUCCAAAAAGUCUAGAUCAUCAUUUUCUGGGCAGUGAAAAGGUGUAUGCUGGUGUCAGUGAAGUGGCUUCAAGUUUUCUCACUAAACCAAGUGGUACUCUUCAAAUAGAAGCAGAUAAAUGUUUGAAAUGUGGAUCUCGCUGUGAAGUGGAAAACUCUCAUGUAGAGGUGAACAAAGCUUGGAAUCACCUGAGAAGCGUGGAAGAGUUGAUGAAUUCAGGACGUGCCAAUAUUUCUGUAUUAUCAGAUUGUUUAAAGUCCAUCGCUGUGCUCAGAACUUCUCUUCACAUGUAUAACAAAGACAUUGCCGAUGCGGAGGAUAAAGUUGCUCAGGCUUGCUAUUUAGCUGGAGAAAUGAAGGGUGCAAGGGAGCAUUGUGAAGCGUCCAUCAAGAUUCUGAAGAGGCUAUAUGGGGAUGAACACGUGGUGAUUGGAAAUGAAAUGGUGAAGCUUGCGUCGAUUCAGCUUGCAUCAGGUGAUUCAAGUGGAGCCUGGGAGACUACAAAGAGAUUGUCUCAGAUAUUCUCAAAGUAUUACGGGUCACAUGCUGAGACUCUUUUCUCUUACCUCUCAUGUCUUAAGCUAGAAGCUGCCAAAGGCUUUAACUUGUGAUCUUAAUUUUUGUGCUCUAAUACCUUGGUUGCUACAAAAAGAUGAAAUGUUGAUUGGUUGUAGUUUCUGUAGUGUAAGGCUUUUAUAAGAAAAUGUGACUGCAUUAUUAUUAUUA